UCCAGUACCGGUAUCGCUCCUCAGGGCAGCCAUUACGGGCCACCGGUGUUCGUGCGUGCGUUGCUGCCCCUGCCGCCCCUGCCGCCCCCGCGCCCCCGCCAGGGAGACGCGCCCCCCGCCACGCCCGAGGACCCAGGAGCAGGGCGACGACGUGGGAGGAUUUGGAGCUAAAAUGGCGGCCCCCAACACAGGGCCCGGGGCCCCGCAACUUGUAAAUCCGGCCCUGCAACUAGUGGUUCCCCGCAACUUUCGCCUUCUGGAGGAGCUGGAGGCGGGGCAGAAGGGAGUGGGCGACGGGACCAUCUCCUGGGGCCUGGAGGAUGACUCAGACAUGACCCUCACCAACUGGACUGGCAUGAUCAUCGGGCCCCCUAGGACAAACUACGAGAACCGGAUGUACUCGCUCAAGGUGGAGUGCGGAUCCCGAUACCCGGAUGACCCACCCAACAUCCGCUUCAUCUCCAGGAUCAAUAUGCAAGGCGUCAACAGCCAGACCGGAGUGGUGGACCGCAGACAUGUUUCGGUGCUGGGUCGCUGGCAGAGGAACUACACCAUCAAGACAGUGCUUCAGGAGCUGCGACGACUGAUGACCCAGAAGGAGAACAUGAAACUCACACAGCCGCCGGAGGGGACUAACUACUAGCCAUACUCCACCACACACCGCUCCGCCUAAUCCACCUCCUUCUCCAGAAUAGACUUUUCCGCUUGCUUGCGUCCUCUUGUGUUUUGGUUCAUUCCGCUCACUCUAUGGAAACUAUGACCUUCUCCUCCUCCUCCUCCUCCUCCUCCUCCUCUUCCACCUCCUCCCUGAAUUAUAAGCCUUCUCCUUCUCCUCCUCCUCCUCCACCUCCUCCUCCUCUUCCACCUCCUCCCUGAAUUAUAAGCCUUCUCCUUCUCCUCCUCCUCCUCCACCUCCUCCUCUUCCACCUCCUCCCUGAAUUAUAAGCCUUCUCCUCCUCCUCCUCCUUCUCCUCUUCCUCUUCCUCCUCGAAUUACAAGCUUCUCCUCCUCCUCCUCCUCCUCCACUCUCAUACUCUCCCUCCUCCUCCUCCUCCUCCUCCUCCUCCUUCCUUUUUCCUUUCUUUUCCUUCUUUUUUUUUGCUUCAUCUCUUUCCGCAAAGUACUAUCCUCCUCCUCUUCCUCCUCCUCCUCCUCCUCCUCCUCCUCCUCCUCUUCCACCUUGCUUUCUGUUCCGCUAUUCCACUUACUAGCAACUCCACCCUUAAGUCCUUAAGCGAUAGAAUAUACCUGCUUCCUCCACCUCCUCCUCCUCCUCUUCCUCCUCCCUCUCUGCUUACUCUCCCUCCUCCCUACUCCCUCACACACACACACACACACACACACACACACAUGUAUGCAAUGCUUAAGAAGAUGAAGAAGUGAUUUAAAUUUAGAAUUGUGUUUGUAUUUCCUAUGUUUUAUUUUCUCUCUCUCUCUCUCUCUCUCUCUCUCUCUCUCUCUCUCUCUCUCUCUCUCUCUCGCUCUGUUUUUAUCAAGUUAUGACAAUUAUUAUGAAGCUGAUUGUGUCUUUUUUUUCUCCUCCUCCUCCUCCUCCUCCUCUUCCUCCUCCUCUUCCUCCUCCUCCUCCUCCUCUUCCUCCUCUCUCGCUCUCUCUCUCGCUCUCUCUCUCUCUCUAAUACACUUAAGCUGUAAUAUGUUCGAUUUUAUUCUGUGUAUGGGUCAUUGAAUACACACACACACACACACACACACACGCACGCACACAGACGCACACGCAUGUAUAUCUCUGUUAUGUACGCGUAUACAUAUGAAUCUAUACACAUGACUGUUUUUGUGUAUGCGACUACAUGUUCUGACGUGUUUUGGGAUGUGCGCGCUCUCUCUCUCUCUCUCUCUCUCUCUCUCUCUCUCUCUCUCUCUCUCUCUCUCUCUCUCUCUCUCUCUCUCUCUCUCUCUCUCUCUCAUGGGCAGUCAAUCUUUUUUUUUCUUAUUUUUUUCCUCGUUUUCUUUGACAUUUUCCUUUCUUUUUCCUUCUUUAUUUCUUCCUUUUUCUUUCUUUUCCUAUUUUCUUUUGCUUUUCUUUCUUUUCCUUCCUUCCUUCCCAUCAAUUUUACUUGUGUGUGUGUGUGUGUGUGUGUGUGUGUGUGUGUGUGUGUGUGUGUGUGUGUGUGUGUGUGUGUGUGUGUGUGUGUGUGUGUGUGUGUACCUAUAUUUCUUUGUUUUUUUUCCUUUUCUUUUUUUCUUCCUCCUCUUCCUCCUCCUCCUCCUACUACUACUACUACUACUACUACUACUACUACUACUACUACUACUACUACUACUACUACUACUACUACUACUACUACUACUACUAUUCUGAGGUCAACAAUAACAACAACAACAACAAUAAUAAUAAUAAUAAUGUUGAAGAAAAGCUGAUAAUAAGGUCUUCUUCUUCUUCUUCCUCCUCUUCUUCCUCCUCCUCCUCCCAGAAUAUGUUGUUUUAGGAAUAAGUUAAAGAAAAUAAAGAAAAAUUAGAAGAAAAUAUUUAAAUCUGUGUUUAGAGGGGGGGUUAUCCCUCUCCCCCUCCCCCUCCUCACCCCCCCUUCUCCCCCCUCCCAUAUACCCACCCCAGAGAGAGAGAGAGAGAGGGAAUGAGGGAAUGAGAAAAAUAAAGAAAAUUAAAAGUGAAAGAUGUGUGUAUGUAUGAAAUGCGCACACACACACACACGUACACACGCACACACACACAUUCAAAGCCCUCCAGUGAUAAAUAAGUGAAGGUAAAAUAAAUGAAUAAAGUAAAAAUAAGGAUUAAGACAAAAUAAAAUGAUACACAAGGAAAGGA